CUCCACUGUACAGGAGGGGGUGUCGUUUCUCAGUGUGACAUGGCUGAGGAGCUGAGCCGCCAGCUGGAGGACAUCCUCAACACCUACUGCCUGGAGGACAACGGGGAGGACGGGGUUAACCUGCCCAAUGGCCAAUCACACUGCCCCGUGCUCAAUGGCCUGGCCCAUGAGAAGGAGUUGGAUGUCAAGCGGUCGGAGGUCAAAGUGAACUCCGGCGGAGCGGAGAAAGUGAAGAUUCAAGAGAAGAAGAAGGUGAAGGGGCUGGGUAAAGAGAUCACCCUGCUGAUGCAGACCCUGAACACUCUGAGUACACCGGAGGAGAAACUGGCAGGCCUCUGUAAGAAGUAUGCUGAACUGGUAAGUAGUAACUCUCAUUAACGCUUUGACUCGGGGGUGUGGUUCAAAGGCUGUUUGAUUUAGUUCAUAUCUUGUAAUUUCAGCAUGCUAGCCAACCUCUUAUUUCUAGCCCCCCAUCUGUGUAUCAGACAGUAGUAGUUUGUCUCCUUGUGUUGGAGAAUGGGCAGGGCAGCUCAACACAGGGUGACCUACAGGAGAAUGGACAGGGCAGCUCAACACAGGGUGACCUACAGGAGAAUGGGCAGGGCAGCUCAACACAGGGUGACCUACAGGAGAAUGGGCAGGGCAGCUCAACACGGGUGAACUU